AUGUCGGUCCUCAACAUUUGCUUCACACACCACGCCUUCCCGAGACUGGCUAUCAUCUCUGACUCUUCAAAUCUUGCUCUCUCAGCAACACUCCCGCUCUUCAUAUCCCACCAGUCUUCAAACACUUCUUCUUUCAAGAGCCACCAUCAAUAUGGUCCACCACCAUCAACAAUCAAAUUGCCGUUCACCAUCGCCACCAUCGCCACCAUACCCGCCAUACCCGCCUUCGCCGCUGUCGCCGAGGCCGGCCCCCUCGCCAUCCGCGACCCCGUCGCUGUCACCGCGGACGCCUGCCAGAAGCUUUGCGAGGCCGACCCCGGCCGCCAGUCCUUUGUCUUCGGUCUUGCCCGCUCCGACACCAUCCCUCUCUGCUACCUUUACGCUGUACCGGCCUCCCGGGUCCCCCAGCAAUCCAACACCAACCUCAUGAUCUUUCACAAGAUCGCACCGGCGUCCCCACCGCCGCUCCCACUCAGACUGACACUGGUUCCAACACCGGCAACACCGGCGCCAACAAAAAGUAACACUGGUGCCAAAACCGACAACAACAACAACAACAACAACAGGGAGUAG